AUGUCUCGAAACCUGUGGCAGCCGGCGGGGGCAGAGAGGAGGAGGAGGAGGAUGACAGCGAAGAUGCUGCCUCAGCCCCGGCUUUAUGGGACCAGUUUAGCCGGUUAUGUGGGAUUUCAGCAGAACAGGAAAAUCAAGGGCCAACUUGCCCGGGCCUCAGUGGCAGGAGACGGCCUCCGAUAUCAGAGACUGAAAUCAGAGGAGGUAACAAUGGAGUGCUUCAACAGCCUGCUCCUGAAACUGAGGGAGGUCCACGAGCGGGAAGUUGAAGGGUGGCAGAUGAAAAUCCAAGAGCUGUCCAACAAGAAAGGCUGUGAUACAAAGCGAAUGGAAGAUCUGUUCACCAAAAACCAGCAGAUGAAAGAACAGCAGAGACACCUCACAGAGAACAUCAAGACCUUGGAGAACAGGCUGAGGGCCGGGCUGUGUGACAGGUGCACGGUGACUCAGGAAGUGGCUAAGAGAAGACAGCAGGAGUUUGAAGCGUCUCAGAUCCAGAGCCUGCACAACCUCUCCCUGCUGGCGGGAGAAAUGAACAACCAGAAAAAAGAGAACAAGAGGCUGCGAGAGGAGCUCCGGAGUUUACGAGCAGCACUCGACAGAGGCCAGAGUGACAGCAGCACAGAGGUCAAAGCACAGAGCCCCCCCGACCUCUCCCCCCCCUCGGGCCCCGUGGCCCUCGUCCGCACGGCAACCAGUAGGGCCGGUAACCAGCCAGAAGAUGGCGAUGUUGUGGUGAAAACUGAGGCAGACCAGAGAAGUGAAGAAGCUCAACACAGACAACUGAGAUGGAUCAACAGAAACCACUAUGAUUCAUAUAAGCCUCUUUCCUGGAAAACAGAACCUAGCAUACCCCGUGCUGGAGAGAGGAGAUCUCAGAGUGUAGAAGGUCUGGACCAGCGACCCUCCCUCCCUCCUCAAGCUCUGCUUCUUAAGAACGUUCCUACGUUAACUGGUGGAGAAGGGAGACCCAGCAGACAUGUGCUCCAUGCUCCCGUCCCCUGCCGUCCUCAGCCAAUCCAGACCUGCCCUGCCACUCUCCCCUGGCACCUCUCUGAGUCCUCUGAUUGGGUCAGCCCGCCUGCUCCGGGGACCAGCCUGGUGGUGCAACCUUCUCAGAGACCAAACCCGCCACGCUAUCCUAACCUGAUCCCCACCAGCCAUCAUGCCAGCCCUAGAAGACAGGGGUUCAGCCUGACCAGGCACAGCACCCCUCAACCCCUGGCCAACGAGCCCACUGUGGUGGUCCGGUUGAGAAGUAUGUCAGAUACUGUGAACAGUCAAACUAUGCCCCUGGAGAAGAAGCAAAUCCUACCAUCUAAGACUGAAAGGGUCUUUUCAGAGCUAAGAGGGACAUGCGAUGGGCCUCUGGACCUAUCAGAUAGAGGAAAGUCCAACACCAACCAAACGCCAAGAGAUUGUUCACCCAUAGCCUUACAAGGUGAAGACAGAGGACAAAGGAGCCCUGACAAGGAUGGGAAGGCCAAUCAAUCUGCACACGGACCAGUGUCCUCAUCUCCUCCUGUCCUCCCCCCCAGAAGCUCCUCUACCCCACCAGGCAAACAACAAGACAAAGAGUCUGCCCACGACCAUAAUAACAAGGUAUUCAAAGAGGAUGAUCAGAAAGAGGAGUUGAAUGGAAAGACCGACCAAAGCAACGAGAAGAAGGUGCCUGUCCUCACCAUAUCACUGCGUCCAGUAGUGGUGCUGGAGAGUCUGAAUUCUGCUCUGCAAGAAUCCUUAACGUCAAAAAGCAAGUCAUCGUCAGCAGCAACACAGCGAGGGAGCAGCUCAGAUGAGCGGGACGAUGAGGGGAGUGUGUCGGAACGAGAGAGCAGCCAGGGCUGCAAGAGGAGGAGGGCGUCUGCGGGGACAGAGACCGACAGGGACUCUGAGACAGACAACACCCAGAAGGAGAAGAAGGUCAAGAUCACCGUGAGAACUGAGGAAAGGAGCCCUCGCUGAAGAGAACCAUGUCCCAUGGUCUCGUGAUCUCACUCAGACCUGUGUCAGAUUAUUGAAAUGGGUGUCACUAAAUCCAAAUCCAAUCCUAAUGGCAUAAAUAUGCCCAUCAGCAUUCUGUUUGGCCAUUUAUAGUUGUUCGUAAGAGAAGUGGCUUAAAAAGUCACACAUUGUGCAACACAAAUAUAUCAUAGUGUGACUUCUGUGCAGUCUCUUAUUUUGAAGCUGUUGAUUGGUUCAAAUUUGAUCACCACGGCUAUUUCAAAUGCAGUAUCACUGCUCAUCGCAGUAGAGAACAGCACUGUCAUUUCCCCCCCUGCCCCUUUGUAAAACACUAAAAAGGCCUUUAACUUACUCUUGACCUUUAAUCUGACAUUUCUAAUAAAUUGUUAAAUAUUGUAGAAAAUAGCUGUUUAAUCAUAUAAGCCAUUUGGAAAACUCCUAUCCCACACUAUCAUAACUUCAUGUAACGUGUUUAUAAUUAUUUCACUUUCCUGGCAUUACUGUAACUGCCUGGCUAUUUUUGCCUCAGAGUCUCCCCGCCCUUUACGGCGUCUUAAGUUACCAACAAAGAAGAGAAAGAGAAAAAAAAACAUGUUCCUCUUCCUCUUUUACAUUUACAGAAUGCACAUAUUUUGCAAGUAUUAACUUUCCGUUCACAGCUGUGAAAACUUGUGGUAAGCCGGGUGGAUAAAAGUAAUAAUUGACAGAGUCACUUCAUAACGCCUAGCCUACUUUUGUGAAUCAUCACUCUAAAGUCAAUAAAUAUCCAUUUUGUGUGAAUAUAGAACAUAUUUUUUUAAUGGAGAUGUCCCAAUCAAUAGGCAGAAUCAGCCAGUAUUUACCCUGCAUAUGAGAUUGUUAUUUUCCCUUCUGCUCUUUUUCUGUUGUGCACUUGAAGCCUUUGUAGCUUUAAUGCUGCUUUAUAUAGACUUUUAUUUUUCUAUCAUGUCUCUCUAAUAGCUUUCCCCCUGCCAGUGGUAUCUCGUUGAUUAUUCAAAUGUGAUUGACUGUACGUACUAUUGCAUUGACUUUAAUAGUGAUUUAGUGUUGCCGUCUGCUCUUGGUCAAUUUUGUUUUCAAAAUGACAAAAUGUACACUUAUACACAUUUUUGUCUGAACACACUACUUCUCAUGCUGAAAUAAACUCCCGUCCUUGAACGUU